GGAGGCUGUCGCCGCCAUUUUGCGUUGCCCUCUGCCCCCGCCGUCAUUCCCCACCCGACGCUCCGGCCUUCGGCUCCCGGCCCGUGGUGGUGGGGCCUUCGCCGUCUUGAGGUGUGCCCCGUCCCUUCCAGGAUGGGUGUGUCUGCAGCCCGCUCGUCCUCCUCCGCGCCUUCGGGACCCAGAGAGGCCGUCAGCCGCCGCCGCCCGGCCCCGUGGCUCCCCCUUAGGCCCGGGGCCCGACCCCCGGCUCCGCCGCUCGCCGAGGCCGAGUAGACCCCGCCCCGGUCUUGGAGGAGCCCGAGAGAGAGACGUCCCCGCUGCCGGCGUGCUUCCCCGACGAUGGAUCCGGGAGCGGAGGGCCCCGGGGGCCGGCUGGUCCCCCCGGCCCGGGCCUGGUUCCUCCUGCCCCUGCCGGGCCCCGCCGCCCCGCAGCCCGAAGCUCGGCCCAGCGCUUGGCAGAAGCUCCGCUCCCACCUCCCCGCGCCCCUCCCGGGCGUCCUGCAGAAGCUGCUGCUGUGGGGGCAGCUUCUGAUGGGGACCAUCCCCGCCAGCUGGCUGGAGCUGGCCCGCCGCAGCCCCGCCUGGAGAGCGCUCAGCAGAGGACGCGACCACCCGGCCGGUCCUUCGGCGCCGAGGCCGCUGUCCGCCCCCGCUGAGCCUCCCUCCCUGACCUGGCUGGAGGAGGAACUCUUCUGGCAGUGGGGCUCCCAGGGCCUGGAAUCGGAACUGAAGGGCAAGGGCAGCCUCUGGGACUCGGCGGCGGGGACCCUGCUCGUGGAGCAUCGGCUGUGGGGCGUCCACCUGCUGCCAAGCGACCUCCACCCCCGGCGGUGCUCGGACAAGGAGCCGGGGAGGGUCGGCGUCCAGCCCCUGGACCAUUUCAAAGGGGUCUCCUGCCUGUGGAGCCCCCCCGGCCUGGACUGCCUUCCCGGGCUGGAGCUUGGCCCCCCAAACCGGUGCGAAGGUGGGGACCUGGUGGAGGUCCAGUCACUCCAGGUGGAGGGCGGCCCGGCUGCAGACCAGGGCCCCCAGCCCCUGAGUGCAGAAUGUGCCAGCUCCAGCUCCGUUUCUCCCCGAUCGAGAGAGGGGCUGCCGGAGAUCCACCACCUCCGCAUGAAACGCCUGGAGUUCCUGCAGCAGGCCAGCAAGGGCCAGGCCCUCCCUACCCCCGAGCAGGAUCACGGAUACCACAGUCUGGAGGAGGAGCACCACCUGCUCCGCAUUGACCUGAGCCAAGCCUUGAACUCCGAACAGCGCAGAGAGAGCCCCAAACCUGUGCAGCAGGUCCCCCCGCCCCAGCCCGCCCUCGGAGGCGCCCCGCAUCCCACGGAGCCUGACACUGGCUUGCUUAUCCCGGAGAUCCCUCUUUCCCUGGAAUUCCAGGGCUGUCCAGAAACUGGACCGGCCCGUGAUGUGCCCGGAGAAGGGGCGACCCCAAAGGAUCAAGCCGACGACAGCCCCGAGAUUGGUGACCCCCUUCCGACUGCGGCGAGGCCGGCGUGCAGCAAUAAACUAAUCGAUUAUAUUUUGGGGGGCGCCUCAAGCGAUCAGGAGUCGGGGUCCAGUUCCGAGGGCGAGGAUUGGGAUGAGGAAGAGGAGGAUGCUGGAUUUGAUAGCGAUGAGCCCCCCACGGAACCAGGCCCCGGGCAACGGGACUCAGUCCUCUGGAGGUCCUUCUGCAGGGUAGAAGAUCCCUAUAAUCCCCAAAACUUUACAGCAACCAUGCAGACCUCUUUGAGAACCGUGAGUGAGGACCCUUCCGAUUCGGAGAAGGAGCUGGCCGACAGGUCUGAUGCGGAGGAUUCACCCUGGACCGAAAGCUCCUCUGAUUCCCAAAGCUCCGAGGCAGACGAUGAUAGUGAUGACGAUGGGGACUCCAGUGCGGAUGAAGCAGAGAAUUUAAAACUGUGGAACUCGUUCAAUAAUUCAGACGACCCUUACAAUCCCUUCAAUUUUAAGGCCCCGUUCCAGACUGCUGGGAAAAAAGGCAGAGAGAAAUGUGACUCCACCGGGCAGGCCGGGUCCAAGGUGGCCAGCUGUCAGAGUCGUGCCUUACUAACUUGUCAGGUGCAGCUGCUCAGGAGCCACGAGGGGGGACUUAAAAAUCUGGCCCAACACGGGAUCCGCUCUGGAGAUGGGCAAGUACACACCAGAAGAAAAAAGGUGACUUUCCUCGAAGAAGUGACCGAGUAUUAUAUAAGUAGCGAUGAAGAUCGCAAAGGACCUUGGGAGGAACUGGCCCGGGAUGGAUGCCGCUUCCAGAAGCGGAUUCAAGAAACGGAGGAUGCUAUUGGGUACUGCUUGACAUUUGAGCACAGACAGAGAAUAUUUAACAGACUCCAGGAAGCAUGCUACUAAAGGGUUCCCAUCUUCUAGCACCUUGAAGAUGAUCUGGUGUCCUUCUUGCUUAAAGUUCAAUAUUAUUGCCUCGUAUGUGAGGCUCCUUUUUAAAAGCAGAAGUUGGCAGCUGCCUUUCGAGUGGCAAGGGGGACUGCAACUUGGAUCCAGUGCCCCAAUCCUGUGUUCCUCGGGAGCCACGAACCUACCUUGGAGUAUCCACACUUUUUCUUGAGACAAGCCCUGCUCAUUAACCGUGGGAGUGGUGUGUGCGUGUUUUCCUUCUUCCUUCCUUGAAAGUGUUUCUUUUCGGAUAUGAAGUUGAACUGUGGUUUGAAUGCCUUUUGCUUUGUGGAGAGGAAGGGGGACCUUUUAAGUUGCAGAUUUGCACUGUUUAAACUUAUUUGAAGGGAGAAAUGAUAUUUAUAGGGUUCAAAGCCUAUUUUCAGUUCUGAUUUAAAGUAUGCAUACUGAGGAUUUCAAGUUGCUUUUUUUUUUUUUAACACUCCCCCCCGCCCCCACUUACUGCUAAAUUCCAACAAACAAGAAAAUAAGUGUAUGUUUGUGUCCUUUUCGAUUGUGGCAUUGCUUCUUAUUUCAUCUGUGGCUGUCUUAUGCCUUUCUGGUGGAAAAUCAGUCCUGCAUAUUGUUAUCAUUUAUGUACCUGAAUUUCAUAAACUUGUUUUUCUUAACGACACUUUAGAAUAUUUUGAUGUUGAAAACCUGGUGGAUUUCAAUAGUGCUUAGAUGCAGUAUUGGUAUCUUCUUUUCAAGACAGAUAAAAUCCCACCAUUUUAAAGGAUUAUCCAAAGCCUCUUUCCUUUAACCAGUUUCAUGCAGGCUCUGAACAAUAAUUUGAACCCAUUCUACUUUAUUUGUGUGUGUCCUGUUGGUCAUGUGUUCCUUUUGAAAGGUGGAAAUCCUUUCAUUUACCCUUUUAUGCUUGCAAAGUGUCCAAGCAGUGGGAAUCUCAUCUCACAAACUUUUAUUUUCUCUUAAACCUGGCAGAAUUUUGCUGGGCAGAUAGUGGGAGACUUGGCUGAGCAAUUUGCCCGAUUGCAAAUACUCUUACAGAAACCAGUGUUAACAUGCCUCAGCACUGUCACUUUGAAAACCAUGUCAGGGUAACGCUGAACUUGGAUCUGACCGUUUUGCAUCGCCCUAUUCCAGGGGCGAGAAUGUAGGCUCCCUCUCCAGGUUUGUGUUCAGCGGAUGUAAUCCCCAAAUCUACUUUAAUAAUUUCAGUACCGUCAGUUCUGCUUUAAUAGAGUAGUAGUUGGGUUCCCGAAGUACCGUUUGUGAUGGAAAAAUCACACAGUUGUUCUCACAUGUGCACUCAGCUGUUCCUGUUUGUGGAUGGCAUUCAACCUGGGUAGCCUGGCAGGGUGGGAAGAUGGCUCUCUAAUUCUUCAGUAGCAUUCUCCAAAUCACGUGGUGAAGACCUGUGUUAGACCAGAACUGACUGCGGGCAAGUGACAAAACGAGACGACGACUCAGGCAAAGGUUGAACUGGUAACGAACACCUAUAAGUUUUAGUAUCUUCUUAGUCCUAAGUUUACUUUUGUAACAUAGCUGUUACAGUGGCCAUUGGGCUUGGGUUCCUUUAGUCAUGCAGGUGCAUGCAGCUGCUGUGUAGGAGCCUAAUACUUAAAAAGAAAGGUCAAAAUCCACCCGCCAUACUCAUGGAACUGAACGGAAAGUCACGUUUUUCGCACCAAGACCACUUUUUACCGUUGGCGUGAGGUAGCAGAUCAUUCCAUCGGAAACUAGGGGAUGGGACGAGGCCUUCAAGGUUUUACUACCUCAGCCUGUAAUCUAUCUGGUCACUACCUUAUUUCUAUCCCAGCUUGCUCCAAGAACUGCCUCUAGGGUUAAAAAAAAAAAAAGCUAAA